ACGCGAUGCAUAAUUCACUCAAAGAACAGUGAAAAAUGGGUUGGUUUUCAAAGAUUUACACUGUUGCGAUCUCUUUCGUUGGUUUCAUAAUCUGUCACGGCUUGGCUCUCUCAAUCAGUUUAUAUGACAAGGAAUGCGUAUCUGAACAAGUUCUACACGAUGGUGACACUGUUUCUGGGAAUUUCGUAGUCAUUGACUACGAUAUUUUUUGGAGCUCAGACCAUCCAGGAAUCGAUUUCAGUGUUACAUCUUCGACAGGGAGUUUGGUGUACUCUAUGAAGGGAACAUCAGGAGACAAAUUUCAAUUCAAAGCCGCAAUACAUGGAAUAUAUAAGUUUUGCUUUCAAAACCCUGCUUCAACACCAGAAACAGUGUCUUUCUACAUUCACGUCGGUCACAUCCCAAAUGAACACGACUUAGCCAAAGAUGAACAUUUGGAUCCCAUUAAUGUGAAGAUUGCUGAGUUGCGAGAAGCACUGGAGUCUAUUAUAAUAGAGCAGAAGUACUUGAAAGCACGUGAUACUAGACAUCGACACACAAAUGAAAGCACCAGAAAACGUGUGGUUUUCUACACAAUCUUGGAGUAUAUUUUGUUCGCUGCAACCAGCUUAUUACAAGUGAUAUACAUUCGACGUCUCUUCAGCAAAUCAUUUGCUUACAACCGAGUAUAG